AACUGAGGGCCACAAAAUCCCACGGAUUCAGUAUUAGCCACGCCCCCUCCAGGGAUCCACUACCGGUUAAGUGGCGUUGCUGAAAGUGUGAUGCAAAGCCCCACUUCCUGGCCACUGGACCUCUUUAUGUGUAUGUAUUGAGACCCCGGGUGCCAUUGUAGUCACCCCAGCUACUUGUUUAGAGGAUUUAAGCUGUGUGACAAAUGGCCAACGCUGCUCCUCCGACUCCGGGCGUUGAAAACACAAGCCCCGGAUCUAGUAGCUCGGCUGCCGCUGACAGUGGCAACCAGGACAGCACCUUUGAAUGUAACAUAUGCCUGGACACCGCCAAGGACGCCGUGAUUAGUUUAUGUGGACACCUCUUCUGCUGGCCUUGUUUGCAUCAGUGGCUGGAGACUCGACCAAACAGACAAGUGUGUCCAGUAUGCAAAGCUGGUAUCAGCCGAGAUAAAGUAAUCCCCAUAUAUGGGCGCGGAAGUACAGGUCAACAGGAUCCAAGAGAAAAAACACCCCCACGACCACAAGGACAAAGGCCCGAGCCAGAAAACCGUGGGGGUUUUCAGGGAUUUGGCUUUGGAGAUGGAGGCUUCCAAAUGUCGUUUGGGAUCGGUGCCUUUCCGUUUGGUAUUUUUGCAACAGCUUUUAACAUCAAUGAUGGAAGACCUCCUCCAGCAGCGGCUCCGGGGACACCGCAGCACACGGACGAGCAGUUUCUGUCUCGACUCUUCCUCUUUGUGGCUCUCGUGAUCAUGUUUUGGCUGCUAAUUGCAUAAAACUCAAGAGAUCUGA